AUGCAUGAUGUGGUUCGUGAUGUUGCUAGAUGGAUAGCUAGUACCUUUGGGGAUGAACACACUUCUGUUUUUCAAGCUGGAAUUGGGUUGACUGAGACAAUGUCUUUACUUUUGCAAGGCAAUGAACCCCUUGAGAAAAUACCCCGCGAAUUAUUUUUGGCAUUUCCAGCUCUAAGAGUUCUGAAUCUGAGUGAAACUAGUAUUAGAGAAGUGCCUUCUUCCAUCAAUAGUUUAUGUCAACUACGUGCUCUAAUACUACAAAGUUGCUUUAAGUUGACAGAGUUACCACCUGUUGCUAAUCUUCACAAUUUGCAAGUGUUCGAUUGUGAUAAUUCAAGGUUACGUUGUCUGCCGCAAGGAAUGGAAAAUUUAACAAAUCUGAGGCUAUUAAAUAUGCUUGCUCCUGAUUUGAAGAGCAUCAGCAAGGGAUUUUCCCUCAAAUUUCCUAGCAUUGAAAUGUUAAAUAUGUCGCGUAGCUGUCUUGGAGCGACCUCUUUUGAUGAGAUAUCAUCUCUACACAAUCUGACUUAUCUUUCUAUUAGAGUCGAUAGCUCAUCAUGUUUCAAUAGAGAUUACAGCUGGAUGACUAGAGUGAAAGGAUUUCUCAUUGAAGUUGGGGAAACUUUAACUUAUGGGCCAUACAACAAGUCAAUAAGGGCGAUAAAAGUCCACAAGUGUGAAAUUUUCAGUAAUGGAGAGCUCUCAGGCAUGUUGCAGUUUGCUUCAGAUUUGCACUUGGAAUAUUGCGGGGGUCUCAGGAAGUUGAUUGGAUGCAACCGUUCCAAUGGAUUGAAAUUACUAAAAUUACGGAGUUGUUCUUGUUCUUUUGGACCAGUGGAAGGAGGAAGUGGGAAAUUUGACCCUUUGCCAAAUCUAGAACAUCUCGACCUCCAUUUGGCAGAUAAUUUAAAGAGUGUUUCUGAUUUCGGUCAAUAUUUGGGUCUAACAUUUUCUAAAUUACGCCAACUUAAUAUCUCUCAUUGUGCAACUGGUAGAGUUAUAUCUCAUUGUGCAAGUUUAACAUGUCUUUUCAACGAUGGUGGAAUUUGUUCUGUACCCAAGCACUUGGAAGAAAUUAUGAUUAACAAUUGCUUUCAGCUGGUAGAGUUGUAUGUGCAAUGCAGCUCAAGUGAUCAGGCAACACUUGUCAACUCAGAAAUUCCAAGAGUUCGGAAGUUAUACUUGUACAACGCUCCCCAACUAGGAACGUUGGGGGAGCCACAGAGUAUGUUGGUUCCAAAUGGCCACUGA